AUAAUAAUUUAUUUUGCAUAUUUUACAGUGGUCAUGGUAUUAAAAUGUUUGUAAAUAAAGACUAAGUGUUUUUGGCGCUUUUGGCACCGGACCUACGUCCCAUCGGACGAUGGAGGAGCGCGGGGUUAGGAGGCUAUUAUAAUGGUCAUAUAAAAAGAAUAUCGCCCUUUCAAUCGGUCCUUAGUUCAGUCCGAAACCUUCAAACUGUUCUCACCCCACCAGUAAUCUCACUGUAAUUCCCUCAUCCCGGGAAGUCGGAAGACGUGACGAUGCGGCCGUUGAUUCUUUCCUUCGUAAUCGUAUUAACGUGGUGUUUGCAGUCACGCGCCGACAUCGCCUGGAAUCCACCGUCAUCAAGGACGUCACACCUUUCGUCACCGCCAUGGUCAUCGCAACAAUCUCAAAUUAGAUCGUUGAACUUCCUCAGCAUCUCAAGGUCGAUGGAUGAACUCAUGAUCGUGCUGCAACUCGACGACGUCUCGGCUAUCCAGAGGGUCGUCGGCGACCACAGAGGUGCCCGGAUGGUUAUUCUUCAAGCAACAGAUGGCAGGCAUCUCAUUCGUAAUAUCUACGAUCCAUCGUACAAUCUCAAGGAAUGCAAGGCAACAAAAAAUCAAGAUGACAUCGAUGAAUUCAGGUCCAGUUUCCAAAUGAAAUAUUCCUCCGAGUAUCUUUCAGAAGGCAUCAUCCACAGAUUCAAUCAACGGUCAUUGAAACGCUCCCAAUUACCCUCCCUUGCCAGUGUCAAUUUGGAGUAUGUCCACAACGCGACCAAGUCAAAAGAGGUUUUUGUCCUACCAAGAACCACGAGGAAGGAGCUUAGACUUCAUCCUACGAUUCGGAUGAUGACAGAAGUCAUGGAGGCCCGAAGAGUAUGUCGAGACAUGGAGAAAAGUUUGAAGGCCCAUCUGAUGAUGGCGGAUAAAACUCGGAAUGGUGAUAGAGUGGUUGAUAAUCAGGGACUUGGUGUCUUCGAAGAAGGUGUAGAGUUGGAUAUCGAGGAUGAACGAGUCAGCAGAGAGAGGAGGAGUAUCUUCAUCGUUCCUGGGACACUUUGGUGUGGAGCGGGAAACAUCGCUGAUUCUUAUGAUGAUCUCGGAGAACACGAGACUACGGACAUGUGUUGUCGAGAACACGACCAUUGCCCUCAUACCAUCGAAAGCUGGCAAAAUAAAUUCAGUAUAUUCAAUCAUCGUCUCUACACCCUCAGUGAUUGCCGAUGUGAUGUCAAAUUCCGUGAUUGUUUGCUGAGAGUGAAUACCAGUGUAUCUCGUUCGGUUGGAGAUGCGUACUUCAACCUUCUAGGAUGCGCCUGCUUCAACAUCAAAGAAGAAGAGGAGUGCAUCUCUAGAUCGUGGUGGCCAUGGAAUGCUUGCUCGAGAUAUCAACAGAUCAAACGAGCCAUCGUCAACUUUAUUGGACCAGUACUCGAUUUCAUGACUAUGUAAUGAAUAAUGAUGUAAUAGUACAGGAAAAAGUGAUCGCUUUGGGAUUUAAUACAAAAAAUGCUUUUAAUACCAACCAUGCCAAAUCAUUUCGUCCACUCCUUUCCCAAGCAAAGUGAUCACUAGACACAGGUUUUUCUUGUGCCGCCCCGGUGUGCCGCCUGCAUACUCUCUUGUAAUAGAAGCUUGAACAUUUUGACAAAUAAAAAUGAAAACAAACAAACAUUGUUUUACAAUGAGUUGCAAAACCAUCUUAUAUACCAUGGUUAUAUGGAAGCAAUAUAGGCCUACAGCUCUUGGUUUUGAAUUUUUUAUUGUGGUAAAAUGAUCACCAGGAAACCGUUUCACCCUUGUUCGUGUGGUAUAACAUUAUGUAAAAAAAAAUAAUUAAAAUGCACAGGUAACUCAUGAUAGAUUAAAGUUUAAAUUAACCACCUUGCACAUGCACUUCCCCUAGUUUUGAUAUGGCUAUUGCGGGAAAAUCAUUGUGAUUUCUUUUUUCCAAGCGGGUUUGAUAAUGACAAUGACUACAAUCGGUUAUAGAAGUAAUAUGUAGUAAUAGAUAAUAUAUAGUAAUAGAUAAAAUACUGAUGAAAUUAGUGGAGGUACUGGGAAUGUCAACAAUAGUAAUACGACGUGGUAUCUAGUAGAAUGGCCUUGCUAUAUGAUCACUUUUAUUAUUGUCUAUUUCCAAACCAUUGGGGGAAAUGGCUCGAUGUUAUCAGGGACUCACGUCCCUGAUGUUAUAUGAAACGAUAAUAAUUCAUUCAGAGCUAUUUACAAAUUAUGAUAAAUUAUAACCAUUAAUACAAUUUCUUGAUCAAUCGUUUUAAUCAAAUUAACUUUCAUGUUUCGCAUAUUCUCACAUGGUCCUCAUUGCUUCAAUAUCCGUUUCUUAUGUGUGUGCAAAAUGUGACAAGCACCCCCCCCCCCAAAAAAAAGAGGUUUCACUAACAAUGAAGAAAAUUUUGUCCCACGCAAAAUUUGGCAAAGGUUUUUACUUAAAAAAAUGAAGUUCAUUUUAUCCCACGUCCAAUUUACAAACGAAAAAAUUGUCCUCACAAUAUUCCCAUUAAGAAUAUUUGCUGCGACUCUCAAGAGGGGGGGGGGGGGGGGGGAGGGCACGGGCCGGAUGUGUCCCCUGGAUCCGCCACUGUGUAUGUUUUGAUAACAUUAACAUCUGAAUUUUUAGCAUUUUUUUUAUGCCUAUAUGUGUGUAAACCAUCGACUGGUGAUGAGAGAACCUGUAAUAUGUACCAGUGUCAUUUUUUCUAUUCCUGGCCACCGUUCGAUUGGUCGUUCAAUUUUCUAUGAUUUGUAUUCCUUUUGCCAGAAAUAAAAUAAACAAAAUAAAGACUUAAUUCCCUCUUGACUUAUUCCCUUUUCCAAUGACACGUCUGACCAGUAUACUUAUGAAGAGAAAUACAUAUUGAUUAAAAAAAUAUGAAGUUCAUUGA